GCUGCUCCUCAGUCCCCCAUGAUGAGAGCCCGGAAGCGGCCGCGGCUCCGGCAGGAAGGCGGACGCGACCAUCUCGCCUCUCCCCCUCUCCGUCCGCACCGCCGACGCGCGCCUCCUGCGCCCCGCGCCGUGCUUACGGUCCCUCACGGCUCCCGCGCCGCAGCGCUGCCGCCGCCCUGCGCCCUCCGCUCCUUGCCGGUAGCGCCGCGGGAUGCGCCGUUCCUCCCCGCGAGCACGCGGAGUGGUGCGGCCCCGUUGCCAUGGCGGCCGUGGCGUCGGAAGGGCGGGGGGAGCAUGGCCGCGCUGGUUCGGCUGGAGGCCAGGCUUUCGCGGCUGCGGGAGGAGUAUUUCCUCAAGAACAGAUCUGUGGAUGAAGACAGAAAAAUAGUGUACAAAGCUGCUGUCAAAAUUCAGAGCUGGUUCCGAGGAUGCAGAGUCCGAGCCUAUCUGAGAUAUCUGACCAAAAUGGUGAUUUCUAUACAGAAAUGGUGGAGAGGUUAUCAAAGCAGAAGAUACUUCAGAAAAAUGACUAAGACAGCAUAUUUUAUUAUGAAGAUGAAUUUCUACAAUGAAAUGGCUGUCAGGAUUCAGAAAAGAUGGAGAGGGUAUUAUGUCCGAAAAUAUACCCAUAAUUACUAUGCACUGAAGAAGUACCUAGAAGCCAUUUCUCUGAAUAAUGAGAUUGUCAGGAAUGAACUCCAAGAGUAUGCAGAAAUGAAUGAAAAGGAAAAGAAGAAGAAAGACCUAGAAAAGAAAGAAAAGGAAAAGAAAUACAAAGCCCGAAAGAUGCAUUACCUCCUUAGCACUGAGCAGAUUGCAGGCAUAUACAAUUCGCCAUUCAGAAAAUCCCCAGAUCCAAUGGAACUACUGCUCCGGCAGUCAAAGCCAUUGAGCCACAAGCAGCAGCGAGUGAAGAGUCCCUUCACAUAUGAUCUGUAUGACUGGCCAACUUGUAAAAGACCUCCAACUUUCCCCACAGGAGAGCCCCUGCCACCUAUUGGCAGACAGAAACCUCAGGGGCCUUUCCGUGAUACCGCUGAAGUAUUGCGGCAACGCUACAAGCCUUUGGAACCAACAUUGCGAGUGGCAGCAUCAAUCAGUUCACCACUAGAGAAGGCCAGAGAGGAAAUGAAGAGGGAGGAAUGGAGAAAAUGUAUACAUGACAGCGAAUUUUUGCCAUUUUCUUCGUAUCAUAAAAAUGAGAAGUAUGACCUGUCAAUUCAUGCAUCAGAAAAAAUUGGCAAAGAAACUUACGGAAUUAAGCAUUUCCGAGAAGUACAGCCUAAUAAGUGGAUAGCAGGCAAGGACUUUCAAACUGUGUUACCAUCGAUUGUUCUCUUCGAGAAGUUUGGAAAAACUUACUCAAAAGCUGGACAAAUAGUGUAAUCAUUCUGUAAACUAUGCAAUGUAAGACACUUGAUAAGUAAUCAAUAAAUGUAAUACAGCAAAUGCA